AUGGCAGUUGCAUUAAAAAGUGGCAUAUACAUAGUAGCAGCAAAACGCACGCCAUUCGCAAAAAUGGGGAGAGAGUUUAAAGACAUUCAUCCUUCAGAACAAUUCGCAAUUGCAGCAAGAGAGGCUUUUAAAUCAUGCCGUCUAUCACCUGAUCUAAUUGACACUGUUAAUGUGGGACAAGUUUAUACGAUAAGUGGUUCAUCAGACGGCAUCCUAACUCCUAGAUAUUCUAGCCUAAGGUCCGGGGUACCAUAUGACAGACCAACUCUUGGAGUCAACCGAUUAUGUGGAUCAGGCUUUGAAGCUAUCGUAAAUAGUGCACGAGAUAUACUCUAUGGACCCGCCCAAAUCUCUCUAGCAGGAGGAACAGAGAACAUGUCAGCAAUACCGUUCUUAGUCAGAGACUUCCGUUUUGGCACACAGCUCGGCAAACCUAUGGAUUUUGAGGAUUAUUUAAAGGCAGGCUCUGUGGAUUCUUAUUGUAACUUCAGUAUGGCACAGACAUCAGAAAACCUGGCAGAUAUGUAUAAGCUGAAGAGAGAACAGGUGGACGAAUAUGCUUUGAAAUCACAAAUGAAGUGGAAAGCAGGUUUCAAUGAUGGUGCUUUUGAAGCAGAAAUCGUACCAGUAACAGUGGUGGUAAAUAGUAAACAAGUGGUGGUGGAUACAGAUCAACACCCACGGCCAAAUACCACAAUGGAAGCUCUCAGUAAACUACCAGCAUUGUUCCGGGAAGGAGGAGUUGGCACGGUUGGCAACUCUACAGGUGUCAACGAUGGUGCAGGAGUUCUUAUAGUUGCAAGUGAAGAAGCAAUCAAACGACAGAACUUGACUCCACUGGUGAGAUUGGCUGCUUGGUCUCAUGCUGGAGUAGAACCGAGGAUCAUGGGAUUGGGACCUGUUCCCGCUAUAAAACAGUUACUGAAAGCUACUGGCUUUACGAUGGAUGAUAUAGAUAUGAUCGAGAUUAAUGAGCAGUUCGCAGCCCAGGCUUUGGCCAAUGUAAUAGAGAUGGACCUCGACCAGACCAAGCUGAACAUGAACGGAGGUGCCAUCGCUUUAGGACACCCUGCUGCUGCUUCUGGAGCUCGGAUAGCUGCCCAUCUUGCACAUGAGCUUAGACGUAGGGGUUUAAAGCGAGGUAUCGGUGCUACGUGUAUUGGAGGUGGUCAGGGCAUCGCUGUGCUACUCGAGACAUUGUGA